AUGUCUUUUAUUGAAUUUUUUUACCACAAUGCCAGUGUUGCUGUAUUAAAUCAAGAAGCAUUAUCCUAUAUAAAAAGUGAUUAACCAGUUGGAAUUUUAAUAGAUAUGUGGCGAUUAAUAAUUUUAGUUAUGAAUAAUAAAGACACCUUGUUUAUUAAUUCAAGUAAAACUUUUUGUAGUGAAAUUAUAGCAUUUGAUUUUAAAGACAAAUCAAUGUAUGAUGAUCACUAGAACGAAAUAAUUCUUAAUUUUUUUUAAGUAUAUGAUUAUUCAGUGUCUUAGAGUUAUAUUGAAAAUUAAUUUGAUUAUAAUAGAUCAGCAUAUGAAUUAUCACCUAUAAUAGUUUCAGGUACUGGAUAAAUAUUAUAUAAGAAAACUAUUUAUUUGUAUUUUUAGACAAUUUUUGGGUUGUAGCACUUAAAAUAUUAAAAUAGAUAUUCAUUUAUUUUGCUUAUUUGAUCUUACCUUGGAUAUUAAUUAAUUUAAAUUUUAUUGCAUUUUUUAUACUUGAUUAUGUAGAAGAUAAGCCAUAUUAUUAUAAGAUAAAAGAAUCAUUUAUUUGGUUUGGUGGCUAAAAUUAACAUGAAAAGGAGAAUAUUUGUAAGUAAGUUUAUCGGUUUGUAUUUGCCAUGGUAAGUUUUUUAAUAGUAAUAAUAUUAUUUUCAGACUUUAUUUAUUUGAUAAUUAAUUCUUUGGCAAAAUCAAAUUUUAAUACAAUCUAAGAUAUGAAAGACUUAAAUGCAAUCGCUUGUUAUUAUGAGUAGGAUCAAUUCUUAUAAAAUUUAUUUGCUAGAGAUCGAGGUUUAUCAAGAUAAAUUGGUGUUAGUUAAUUAUAAUGUAUGGAAAUGUUAAAUGACUAAUUUGUUGAUGUUGUAAUAAUGAGUGAAUUUAAUUUAUUAAUUUUUUUAGAGUAACACAAAAUAUUUUUAAGUAAAUUAAGAUAUUAAGUAAAAUUAAAUACAAAUAUUGCUCAUCAUAUUUUGAUAAAUAAAAAUGAUCCUUAAUGGUUUAGAAAUGAAUUAAAUGAAGCAAUAGAUGUUAUAUAAAAGUAAAAAUUGGAUUUAUUGAUAAAAGAAAAACAUUUACCAACAAAAAUAUAUAAUUCAAAAAAUAAAUCAAUAAUGCCUUAUCAACCAACCCUUCAGUUAAUAUGUGCUAUACUCUCUAUUUUAUUUAUAAUUGUAAUUUAAAUAACUUUAGUUCUUUAAGAACUUAAUAUAUUAAAGAAUAAAUUAAAAAUAAAAUCCUUGUCGAAUAAAAAUGGAGCUAAAGUAAAAAUAAUUUGA